AAAGAAGCCAAGAAAAAAAAGCGAAAGAAGAGAUAAACGACAAGUGAUAAGGUAGAUAGCAAAAGAUUUCCUCGUGUACUGUAACUUUUUUUUUGUUGUACUUUGCUCUCGUCCAACUUUUGCACGUUCGGGGGAGGAUUGGCGCUUUCCCGAAGCGACUGUGAUAGCAGAACACCAGCCAGCCGUUUUGGUGAAUCUUCCCAGUCAGCAGCAGUUUCAGUUGAUGCGACGUCGUCUACGGUGAAGGAUGUGGUGAUUUGGUUUGGCUCAAAGGUGUACUUGAAAAUUAGUGGCCUAGAAUUUAUCGCGAGAAAAAAAAUUGCCCGCGCUAAUUUUAAAUCACGCUGUUUUGAGAAAAAAGCAACAAAAUUCCCAUUCAUCGUUCAGCAGACGGCUUUGUAGUGAUUGGAAUUAUCGCGAUUCGAGUGGCUGCGGUGAAAGAAGAUUAUUCGCGGUCAGCAAAAGAUUAGUGCGCUAUCUCUGCAGUGAAAUAAAUAUAAAAACGGUAAAACGAGACGAUCAGAAAACCAUAAGUUCGUAAAUUGAUUGCAUGCAUUUGUCCAUCUGUGUUCACGAAACGAAGUUCACCAUCAGUGUUUAAUUUUUUUGUACUGUUCGGUAGUCCCGUCAUUUCUAGAGUUCACCCAAUCAUUUUUGUGUUUGUAUUCGCGAUCAAUCACAUUUACGUAUAAUCAGUCGUGUUUGAAUCGAUUCGUGAUAUCCGAAACCAGACGCAAUGGAGAUCGAAAUCCAGAACCACAUUGCUCACUUGGGCAAAUUCAGUGUCAAGAAAAGUGAAAAUGACUGCCUUCUGGAUGAGGCGUGCACGAUGCUUUCGGAGCUGCUGCCCCCUCUCGGUCGUAUGGCUUCCAAGAUGUCGACCGGCAUUUCGGGAACAACGGAAAAGUCUUCCCUAGCCAAGCUGGACUCGGCCGAACUUGUCAGCAGCCCGACGGACGAGAUUGACACCAACAUCUCGAUUGAGUUAAUUACGGAGGACGACGCCGAGGAGGUCCUGAAAAUGCUCAAAAAGUUUUUCUUCAAGGACGAGCCUUUGAACACCUUCGUUGAUCUGGGUGAAUGUAAGGAACUUGAGAAAUACUCCACCAAAAGUCUUCACGAGCAUUGCUCGUUCAAAGCAGUAAACUCUCGAGGAGAAAUCGUGGGAGUUAACAUCAACGGCUUGAUCAACCGUCCGAAGGAAACUGACGAACCUCCGGCGAAGCUGGCAGAUGUUUGUGCUCAUCCCAAGUUCAAGAAGAUCAUGGCACUGAUGGACCAUGUGGAUGAAAACUUCAACAUUUUCGAUCUGUACCAGGACGUUGAUCGUUUGUUGGAUAUUAAAAUCAUGUCCGUAGAUAGUAACUACCGAGGAUUGGGAAUCGCUGGAAAGCUUACUGAUCGAACCAUGCAGUACGUGAAGGAUAACAACAUUAAAUUGGUGCACGUGUUGUGUAGCAGUCACUUCUCGGCACGGGUCAUGGAGAAAAUGGACUUUCAGGAGGUGUACAAUCUACCCUAUCAGGACUAUCUGGUCAACGGCGAACAAGUGUUCGAUCCGGCCAAGCCACAUGUGGCGGUUCGAAUUCUGACUAAGAGAAUCAACUGAAGUACAAAAUUGAACUGAACAAAUCAAUUGUGACAAAAGCAUUAAUCAAUUAAAGUAGUCUUUUGGUUUAGUUUGAUAGUGCACAACUAUAUUAGGGCCUUUGAUGGAAGAAGUUGCAAGACGUAAAAAAUGCAUUUAAAUGUUAGCUACGCACUUUUUACAAUAUUAGCAGUAUGCAAUGUCAAUUGAGGACAUAUUAAAGGUCGCUGUUUAAAAUAAUAUCGCUAAACUGAUAUUGUCAUUCUGCAGUGUUAUGCAAGAUGUGAUAUUAUGGAAACGAAAGCAUAGCUGAUCCUAUUAAUUUAAAUUAGAGAAACUGACAAAACCGUACUAUUAUUUAUAUUUGGGAAUAUAUGUGUAACUUAUUGAUAUUGAAAAAUACAUUUUGCAUAACUGUAAGCACAAGCAAUGAAUGUCGAAAUAAAUGUGAAAAUAUUUA